AUGGAGCAACCAAAGCCUCCUAACCAUCUUUCGAUGGAGGGAAAUCUCGCAGAAAACUGGAAAGAAUGGAUUCAAGGAUUUGAACUCUACCUUACAGCAACGGGAAUAGGCGAAAAAGAUGAGAAAGUCCAGGUCGCAACCUUCCUACACAUGGCCGGCAUCGAGGCACGCCGCGUCUACAAUACCUUUGGAAUCACAGGUGAUGAUGUUCACAAAAUAGAAGUACUCAAAACAAAGUUCAAAGAAUAUUGUGAACCCCGAAAGAACUUAACAUAUAUUAGACAUGUGUUUUUUACACGCAAUCAAGGUCACGAUGAGCCCACUGACAAUUAUGUGACAGACUUGAGGAAUAAGGCACAACAGUGUGAAUUCGGUAGUUUAGCAGAUGAAUUAAUUAGAGAUAGGAUAGUGUGCGGAAUUCAAGAUGAAGCGUGUCGUGCACGUCUACUCAGAGAAUCGGAUUUGACAUUGGCAAAAGCAAUCGAUGUGUGCAGAGCUCAAGAAAUGAGUACGAAACAGCUUAAAUCUCUGAAAGGAUCCGAAGAGCAAGCGAUAGCAGCAAUACGAGUCCCACCGAAUGCAGAUUCUGACGCAGAUACUGAACUUUUCAUUGGAACUCUACUUGUUAACAAAGUCGACCAAGACAGAAGUGAUUGGGUUGAAACGUUGACAAUCAAUGACCGCAAGGUAGAAUUCAAGUUGGACACAGGCGCUCAAGGAAACAUUAUUCCAAAACAUGUGUUUGAUCAGUUGGAAUUAGAUGAUCAUCAGCUUAAAAACACUAAAAUCAGAUCAGUGGCAUAUGGUGGACACAAAAUCAAACCGAAAGGCACCAAGAUUCUGGAAUGCUCAGUGCGUGGCCGAAAGUAUGACUUACCAUUUUUCAUUGUCGAUACAAAUGCACGGGCAAUACUGGGUAAGAAUGCAUGUACAGAAAUUGGAUCGAUUGUGCGGGUUCAUUGUGUGAAAAAUGAGUCGACAAAGGAAAAUGUACUGAAAGCAUAUGAUGAUGUUUUCAAAGGACUUGGUGAACUUCCAGGGAAACACCAUAUCAAGAUCGAUGAAACCAUAACUCCAGUGAUACACCCACCGCGUAAAGUCCCUGCAGCACUUCAGGACAAAGUAAGAACAGAACUUGACAGAAUGGAAACGUUAGGGGUUAUCACGAAGCAAGACGAACCAACGGAUUGGGUUCAUAGUCUGGUGACAGUACGCAAACCUAACAAGUUAAGACUUUGCAUUGAUCCAAAGGACUUGAAUCGUGCGAUCAAGAGAGAACAUUACCACUUACAAACAGUCGAUGAGGUGAUCGAAAAGCUUCCGCAAGCUAAAGUAUUCUCCAAGUUUGACGCGACGCACGGGUUUUGGCAUAUCAAACUUGAUGAGCCCAGUUCAAAGUUAUUGACAUUUAAUACACCGUUUGGGCGGUAUAGAUACAUGCGUUUGCCCUUCGGAAUCAGUUCUGCGCCGGAAGUAUUUUCUAAACGAGUUCAAGAGAUGUUCUCCGAUUUGUCGGGCGUGGAAUGCAUUGUUGAUGACAUCCUUGUUUGGGGAGAGACUACUGCAGAACAUGACUCUCGCGUACAACAGAUGUUACAACGGUGUCGCGAAAUGAACUUUAAGCUAAAUAAGAACAAAGUGGAAUUUCGUGUACCGGAAGUUAGGUAUGUAGGACAUUUGAUCACAAACAAUGGCAUCAAAGUAGACCCCGAGAAAGUCCGUGCAAUAGUGGAGAUGCCACCGCCUGAUGACGUAUCAGGAGUUAAGCGCGUUUUAGGCGUUGUUCAGUAUGUGUCGAAGUUCAUUCCGAACUUGUCGGAUGUGACCGCUCCACUUCGUAUACUUCUACAACAAGACGUAGAAUGGCACUGGGAUGCGCCCCAGCAGGAAAGUUUUGACAGACUGAAACAGUUAGUAUCUAGUACCCCUGUACUACGUAUUUACGAUGUACGUAAGCCAGUAAGGAUUUCGGGAGAUGCAAGCUCGAAGGGAUUAGGUGUUGUACUUCUUCAAGAUGCACACCCGGUAGCAUACGGUUCGCGGGCGUUAACGGAAACACAGAAGCGUUGUGCUCAGAUCGAACGCGAGAUGCUGGCGAUUGUAUACGGAUGCGAGAAGUUCCAUCAUUACAUAUAUGGACGAAGCGUGACCGUAGAAACGGACCACAAACCCCUUGUCGCAAUCUACAACAAGCCAUUGUACCGCGCGACUCCUAGACUUCAACGCAUGCUCAUGAGAUUACAGCGAUAUGAUCUCAAGCUAGUAUACGUACCAGGUAAGGAGAUGCACAUCUCAGAUGCACUGAGUCGGUCGUACCUGAAAGAAACUCCCGAGAUUCUUGUUGAUGACGAGAUAGACGUUGAUUGGAUUGAGGCACAACUUCCGGUAUCACCAACAAAACUGCAACAGCUCAAAGAAGCAACUGCUGCUGACGAAACACUACAAACAUUGAAAAAUACCGUGUUGGUUGGUUGGCCGAUCGACCAAUCAAAUGUUCCAUUGAAUAUUAUUCAAUUUUGGAAUUAUCGUGAUGAAAUUACUGAAAUAGAUGGACUCCUAUAUAAAGGUCAACGACUGAUGAUACCUACCAGCUUGAAAACAGAGAUGUUGAACAAGCUACAUGAAGCUCACAUGGGCAUUGUGAAAACACAGACACGAGCACGAGAAAUACUGUUUUGGCCCAAAAUGAAUCAGAACAUUGAAAACUUUAUUGGGCAAUGCGCAGUGUGUAACAAGUACAGGAAUUCUAACAGCAAGGAACCAAUGGUACCACAAGAGAUACCUUCACGUCCGUGGGCCAAAGUUGCGGCAGAUAUGUUCCAAUUCAAAGGUUCGGAAUACCUUUUGUGUGUCGAUUACUAUUCCAAGUAUCCAGUUAGUUCGUAUGCCUACGACAACCAGUUCACAAACAAUCACUACUUUUAA